UCUCAACCAGUGUCAAAGAAAAACACACUUUUAUCUAAUGGCUUCUUCUUCACCAACUCUCCCUUCCGACGUUAUACGUUCCGAGAUUUUAACCCGAAUAUCCCCGGAAACCCUAGGCAGUUGCAGACUUGUCUCGAAGGAAUGGUACCAUGCCGCCUAUGACUCCUUCAAACUAUUUUGUGAGAAAACCAACACAACAUAUGGCUUCUUCCUUCAGAGCAAGUUCUACCCAAACCGUGUUUGCACCUUCUUACCAGUGGAAGAUAACAACAUCGACAACUCCAAAACUAUUUCGCUUAGGUUCUUACAUUUUCCCUACAGUAUUGAAGCCGCCGAUCGAGGUUUACUCGUCGGCGUGAGCCAUAAAAACCAUAAGAUUCCUCGCUACUUUGUUUGCGCUCCUACUACUCAAUACUGGAAACAAAUACCAAACCCUAAGACUAGGUAUUUUACUCGGGGCACUGCUAUUGCCGUGUUGAGGUCGAGUUCGAAUUCGAACCCAGUUUUGAGCAGCUGGUUUAAGAUUAUUCGAUUAUCGGAGCCCGAGACCAACCCCUCAUUUGACAACCACUAUAUAAGCGAAGUCUUUGAUUCAAACACUUGGUCUUGGAAGCAGCUGAACGAUUUGAUUUUACCUCACGGGGUUUUAUUGGGCACCAAUUCACCUGUUUCAGCGUGCUGCGCGCUUUACUGGCAUCUUACCAACAACCAAAUACUGGCUUUCUAUCAAGACAAGGAAACCUGGGAAACCUUCGCGCUACCACACCCUAUGUGCAACAACGUGCAUUGGAAGUACAGUUUAACCGCUUACCAAGGCCGUCUCGCGUUGGUUCGCAAAGAAGGAGGUGAUGAGUUCACGGAAUACUGGAUAAUGGAAGACCACCGAGAAAAAAUAUGGAGUGAGAGGAAGAGACUAAGCACCCGAGGGACUUCUGUUAUAGCAUUCUGCGACAGUGACGUUGCGCUCAUGAAGGAAUAUGGGAAGAUGAUAUUUUACAAUUUUAAAGAGUGCAGAGUAUCCAAGCUAGUGGAACUAGAGAGCUGGCAUGAGCCGGACUACAUUUUCAGUUUUCCGGCCACAAAAAAUCCGGGAAAUAUUGCCGAUCAUGUCACUCACAACUUAGCUUGGGGCUGGUGUUUCAAGUUCAUCCUUUUGUUGUUUGUCAUUACUUUGUUUUGGUUUUGGUUAUUAGACAUUUAAAAUCAUGUUCCAACGUAUUUCAUGGGGGGUGACAAUCAACGACGGCAAGGUGUUUUGCUGUGGUAGCAACAGGGCGGUUAGGGUUUCUUUCUUUCUGUGUGUGUUGUCUUCUGUGUUUUGUUGUGGGCUCAACCUUUGGGUUGAGUUUUUUGC